UUCCUUCAAUCAUUAUUUAGAAAGGCAUUGGCAGGACCAGUUUGAAAGAACUGAAACCCAGAAAGGGUGGCACUCAAAUAUCGGUAGGAGAGGGUUGGAACGAGUGAGGUAGGGAACUCAACGCUACCAUCUAUACGACCGCAAAACGAACUUUCGGCUUCUGAAGUGCGCUUGCGCAAAUGCUGCUAGGGCGUAGGACACCCUUGAGUAACAGCAGAUGUAAUUGGGCGAGGAAGUAGGAAACAGCCGGUGUUUUCGAUUGGCUGGUAGUAUACAUUUACAGGCCUGGACUCCCGGAUCACCCAGUUGCGCAUGCUCCUUUGGAGUUCCUGUGCGUGAUUGGGCAGGCCCAGGGUUUUGGGUUUUCCAAUUGGCUAAUGGUGGGUAAGCGGGGAAUGUGCCCUUAGAUUUGAAUUCAAACGAGUAAUUCUCAAUUGCUGAGGAUUUCUAAGUGAUUUGGGAUUUUGGGCGAGGUUGUCAGUAUGUCUUUUCCUAAGGCGCCGCUGAAAAGAUUCAAUGACCCUUCCGGUUGUGCUCCAUCUCCAGGUGCCUAUGACAUUAUCACAUCAGAGGUGUCUAAAGGCCCAGUGUCCUUUCAGAAAUCACAGAGAUUUAAAAAACGAAAAGAAUCUCAACAAAAUCUUAGUGUUGACAAAGAUGCUACCUUGCCUGCUUCAGCUAAGAAAGCUAAGGCUUUGGAAUUAAAGAGGGAAUCUCAGAAGAAUGAUAAAGAUCUGAAGAGAUUAGAAAAAGAGAUUCGUGUCCUUGUGCAGGAGCGUGGUGCUCAGGAUAAGCGAAUCCAGAGUAUGGAAACUGAGUUGGAGAAGAUGGAAGCCAAGUUAAAUGUCGUAGUCAGGGAAAAAACAUCCCUCUCUGCAAAUAAUGCUUCACUGGAAAAACAACUUCUUGAAAUAACCAGGACUAACGAAUUACUAAAAUCUAAGUUUUCUGAAGAUGGUAACCAGAAGAACAUGAGAAUUCUAAGUCUGGAAUUGAUGAAACUUAAACACAAAAGAGAAACAAAAAUGAGGAGUAUGAUGGCGAAGCAAGAGAACAUGGAGAUGGAGCUGCAGGUCACUCAGAGGAAUUUCCAAGAGUCUCAGGGGAAGAUAGCAGAACUUGAGGGGAAACUUGUUUCGAUAGAGAAAGAAAAGAUUGAUGAAAAGUCUGAGACAGAAAAGCUCUUAGAGUACAUCGAAGAAAUUAGUUGUGCAUCAGAUCAAGUGGAAAAAUAUAAGCUAGAUAUUGCUCACUUAGAAGAAAAUUUGAAAGAGAAAAAUCAAGAAAUUUUAAGCCUUAAACAAGCUUUUGAGAAAAACGUUGCAUUGUCUAAACAAGUAGAAGACCUGAAUGCUAAAUGUCAUCUGCUUGGAACAGAAAAAGAAGACCUUGUCAACAGGAAUAGAGAAAGGGAUGAAAAGCUAAAUGCCGAGAUGCAAAGCUUAAAAGAGAACCUUAUUCUUGAAAAACAAGAACAUGAAAGACUACAACAAAAACAAUUGCAAAUUGAAUCACUUCUCCAUCAAGAGAAGGAAUUAUCUUCUAGUCUUCAGCAGCAGCUCUGUUCUUUUCAAGAGGAAAUGAUUAAAGAGAGGAAUCUCUGUGCAGAAGAAUUGAAGCUGGCACUGGAAGAGCUCAGUGUAGUACAGCAGAAGGAGGAGCAGUCUGAAGCGCUUGUCAAGCAGUUGGAAGAGGAAACAAAAGCCACAGCUGAUGCCCUAAGACUCUUAGAACAACAGCUGAAAGACAAGGAAGCUGAACUGGAGAAGAGUCAUACUGCUCACAUUCAGGCUACCCUGAUUUUGCAGGAGAAGUAUAAGAGUACAGUGCAAAACCUUGGAGAUGUUACUGCCGAAUUUGAAAGCUAUAAAGCAUUAAAAACUAGUGAGAUAGACGAUCUUAAGAUGGAGAAUGCAUCACUACAGGAAAAAGUAGCCAAAGCUGAAAAAAACACAGAGGAUGUUCGACAUCACAUAUUGAAAACUGAGAACAGAAAUCAAGAAUAUGAGAGGAUUCUACAAGAUCUGCAGAACAAGUCAGUAUUAAAAGAAGCAGAAAUUAAAGAAAUCACAGUUUCUUCUCUUAAAAAAAUAACUGAUUUGCAGAACCAACUGAAACAACAAGAUGAAGACUUUAGAAGGCCAAAAGAAGAAGAAACAAGAAAAUCUGAGAAAGAAAAUAUGACAGCAGAAUUAACUGAAGAAGUCAAUAAAUGGCGUCUCCUUUAUGAAGAACUAUAUAAUAAAACCAAACCUUUUCAGCAACAACUGGAUGCUUUCGAAGCAGAGAAACUGACCUUGUUGAAUGAACAUGGUGCAACUCAGGAGCAGCUAAAUAAAAUAAGAGAUUCAUAUGCUGAAUUAUUGGGUCAUCAAAAUCUCAAGCAAAAAAUUAAGCACGUUGUGAAAUUGAAAGAUGAAAAUAGCCAACUCAAAUCGGAAGUGUCAAAACUCCGAUCACAGCUUGCUAAAAAGAAACAAAAUGAGACGAAACUUCAGGAGGAACUGAAUAAAGUUCUGGGUGUCAGACGCUUUGAUCCUUCAAAGGCUUUUCAACAUGAAUGUAAAGAAAAUAUUGCUCUGAGAACCCCACUGAGAGAUAGUAAAAAAGGAAUACAUGUGUAGCACUGUCACCUGUGUUUGGAUUUGCUUUCAUGACGGUAGCAACUUGCCUUCUUAUGAACUGUGAAAAUUUAUUGAUUCCUUAUGAUAUGAAAGAACCCCUAACCAAAAUUGAUGCAUGUAAUGUCUUUCCCGGCUUUCGUAUUCUCAAACAGAACUAGAUCCUCCUGUCCUUAAUGGCCUAUUCAGAUUACAUCUUCCUUUUUAUUUUGUGUGAACUUUUUGCUCUUACCUGCACCCUGUACCAUAAAUU